GUCCCGUCCCACUCGAGUUACCCCACACUCACACCGUCUGCCGUUCAUCGCGGCUCCAGAAACCUGGGAAGAUGGCGUUGAGUGGAGAUAACUCUACACACAGUGGGUUUCUUACCGAUCAGAGCCGGUCUCUGAGCUGCAAGUGGACACAGAAAUAAUUACGAGGGUUACAAUCCAGAAAUAAUAAAAAGUAGUGGUGCAAUAUUUUCACUUAACUUUUCCCUGUCAGAAAAGUACAAGGGUUAUCACUAAUACACAUUCUCAAAGUGUUAGGUUGGAAGUGAGUACUAUCCAUAUUACUAGGGUAAUAAGACCUGACGAAGCUUGUUUUGGAAUUCAGAGCUCCAUGUAUACUUGUUGAACUAUUAAGAUAGAUAGUAUCUGUUUCAUAUUCAGGGUUCUAAGUAAACGUUUGAGGGCGUUGGCAUCUUGUUCUCACCGCAAUAAUUAACGUAGGAUAUGUGUUGGUACCAAGAUCGGUAACAUGAUCGUCACGGUGCGCUUUUCGCGUCCGGCGUCGCCAUGCGUCGGCAUUAUAAAUCGCGGCCCAUAAAAACUUCGGUCGACCCUUUCCGUGGCCGCAAUCCCCGCCGGUGAAGUUUUUCUGUCUUUCUUUAUAUAGAAUUCUUGUCUCUGUAGCUAAGCCUUUAGCCCCUACUACUUGCUCUUAGAGUCUUCCAGCAUUGACAACUUCGCCAACGGAACCCCUAGGCUAUUCCCUCCCGGCCAUGACAGAUCCAAGCCCAAUGCAGUCCGGCCUCAGACCGCAAUUAGACCACGUGGCUACGAAUGCCUCUUCGCCGAGUCGUAGGAGCAUUCGUAGGCUUGACAGUGGUCUAAACCAUUUCGCAGAACUCGUCCAAAAUAUCAGUAAUCAAGAUAUAGAAGCCAGGUAUAAAGUAGAAGAGGAAGACAACAGAGUGCCAACAGACGAUACGCCAGACCCGAGCCAGUUCCAAGGUUCUGAAGGGAGAACGAUCAUAUCAUGGGAGGUCAACGACAAAGAAAACCCUUACAAUUGGUCUCUAGGGCGGAAGACCUUCAUUGUUACAUCGUCAAUGGCUACUGUUGCCAAUAGCACCUUAGGUAGUUCUCUACCAAGCAUGGCUAUCCCUUAUAUGACAAAGGAAUGGGGAGUUACUGCUCAAGCACAAUUUGUCCUUCCAAUAUCCAUGUACCUUCUGGGUUAUGUAUUUGGGCCGAUUUUCUGGGGGCCGCUAAGCGAACAUAUCGGACGCCGAAAUAUCUCUACAGGAUGUUUCAUAAUGUACAUAAUCUGGACUCUCGCCUGUGCCCUCGCUCCGAACUGGCCGGCGAUGCUUGUAUUUCGAUUUUUUGUAGGAGCAUGUGCCAGCGCGCCGAUCGCAGUAGUCAGUGGAAUUCUGGCAGACUUGUUUAAUGAUACAGUCACACGUGGUCGAGCUAUGGCAUGCUUCAUGGCCAUGACUGCCCUGGGACCCCUAUUAGCUCCGAUCAUAUCCGGUUUCUGCUCGACAAGUAUUGGCUGGCGAUGGACCUUCUGGAUCGGCCUCAUUAUUGCAGGAGUAACGUUAAUAAUGGCAUUCUUCCUCCCCGAGACUUAUGCACCAGUUCUUCUCAGCCAAAGAGCAGCAAAAAUUCGAAAGGCAGACCCUAAAGCCCAGGUUUACUCCGCUUCAGAGCUUGAGCCCCAUGACUUUAAACAGUUGCUCACCAGGGUCCUAACACGGCCCAUCCGUAUGAUUUUAACCGAGCUUAUUGUGACAGCAACGUGUCUCUACCUUUCCCUAGUCUACACAAUCUUUUACAUGUCAUUUCAAGCGUUCCCAAUCAUUUUUCAGAAUAUAUAUGGCCUAUCUCCGGGAGUCACUGGUUUAUGUUACCUGCCCAUUGGUGUCGGUGCACUUCUUGCGGUUCCUGUAUUCUUCGGGUAUGACCGUAUAAUUCUUAACGCCAAAGCCCGUGGUACUCCAUGGUCAAAGAUAGAGGAGUAUCGUCGGGUCCCACUGGCAUGUCUGGGGGGACCUUUAUUUGCCAUAUCCUUAUUCUGGCUCGGAUGGUCAUCACGAUCGAAUGUGCCGUUUGUUGUGCCAAUGCUAGCCGGUAUUCCUUUCGGUGGAGGUUAUAUGUUGAUAUUCAUGGCUUUGUUGAACUACCUCACAGAUGCUUAUGAGAUUUUCGCAGCGAGCGCCAAUGCGGCUGCUAGCUCAUGCCGCUCUGUAUUCGCAGUUAUUCUUCCACUCGCUACAACACCUAUGUUCGCACGGCUAGGAGUUAGUGGGGCCUGUAGUUUACUCGGGGGGUUGAGUCUACUCAUGUCCAUCAUACCUUUCAUCUUCAUCUGGAAGGGUGAGGAUAUUCGAGCAAGGUCCAAGUUCUGUAUCGCAUUGAAAGAGCGAAAGCUUGAGAUGGAGCGGAAGAAUAAGGAGGAGAGGCAGAAGAAAGCCAGGGUUGUUGGUAAUAACGGUGCUAUAGAUGAGAAGGAGAUUGAAGUCUAAGCACAGGAGGCAUACAGCUAAUACAGGUAGGUAUAGUGUGUUAAUAAUGAUAAUAAUAAUAUAUU